UGCUGAAAGGUGGCCCAGUUGAAGGAAUUUACAAAUUAAAGCAGUUCCAUAUUCAUUGGGGAUCCUGUGAAGGCCAGGGUUCUGAACAUACUGUUGAUGGGGUGAAAUAUGAUGCCGAGCUCCACUUGGUUCAUUGGAAUACAAAAUAUGGAGCUUUUGAGGAAGCUGUAAAACAUCCUGAUGGCCUGGCAGUUGUAGGAGUGUUUUUGAAGGUAGGAAGUCCCUGUCUUGGACUACAGAAAGUUGUUGAUGUACUAGAUUCCAUUAAACACAAAGAGAAAGAGGCUAACUUUACCAACUUUGAUCCCACUGGUCUUCUGCCUGCCUCUCUUGACUAUUGGACUUACCUAGGAUCACUGACCACGCCUCCUUUGCUUGAAUGUGUCACCUGGAUUGUUCUGAAGGAGCCUGUAUCUGUGAGCAAAGAGCAGGUAAAUUCAUUUGCUUCACACAUUGUACUCCUCACUUUUUGCCACUAGGAGUUACUAAUCUCC